AUGAUGCUGGAUGCUCAGGCUGACUUGCUUGACUCCCUUGAACGCCCCGAGAUACUGAGUAUCAUUGACGGUCUCACGCCACCAAUGGAGCGACCCAAGCUGGUGGUGGAGCUGGGCGCGGGCAUUGGCCGAUUCACUGCUGACCUGGCAUGCAGGGCCACGUGGCUCACUGCCCUUGACUUCCUGCCGCACGCCCUUGCUGCGAACGUGCGAGCACAUGCGAGACAGCACCCCAACGUGGACUUCGUCUGUGCUGACGUGGCAGAUGCCACGUCAGCCGCCCUGCUGACUAGGCUGGCGCCGGACCUGGUGUUCUCCAAUUGGCUGGUCAUGUACCUCUCGGACUCCGAGGUGCACUCAUUAGCAAAGCUGCUGCUCCGUGCCCUGCCCCCCGGGGGGCUCUUCUUUUUCCGAGAGUCGUGUCUCGAGCAGUCUGGCAGCCAGCAGCGCCGCUCCAACCCCACCCACUACCGCCACCCGCUCUUCUACUGUCAGGCCUUUUCUGAAGUGCAUCACCAAAUCCACAAGAAGAAGCAGCAGCAGCAGCAGCAGCAGCAGCAGCGGGGGCAGGAGCAGCAAGGGCAGCAGCGGAAUGGGGGGCAACAACAAGAUCAGGGAGGGGAGUGGAGGUUCAGCCUGCGGGAGAUGAGGAGCGUUGCAGCAUACUCACAGGUGAAGGGGUGCCAGACACAGGUGUGCUGGGUGUGGCAGAAGGUGCUUCACAGCACUCACAAGGAACCGCACACCACCCAGGAGGAACCGCGGUCUAUCCAUAGCAAGGGGUCAGAGAGCAAGGGGAAGGGGGAAAGGGAGGAGCAGGAGGAGAGGGAGGAGCAGCAGCAGUACAGCUUGGAGGGCAUACUGCGCUAUGAGCACAUCUACGGGCGUGGCUUCGUCAGCACUGGCGGUCGUGCAUCAACGCUCGCUCUCCUGCCGCUGCUCUCGCUCACCCCCAAGCACCAAGUGCUGGAUGUGGGGUGUGGGCUGGGAGGCAGCGCUCUGUUCAUGGCUGAAACCUAUGGCGCUAGCGUGCAUGCCAUCGACCUCUCUCCUACCAUGAUCUCUCUUGCCAUCGAGCGAUCCCGCAACAUCCGUGCUGCGGAUGCCACAUCAGCGCCAACCUCCACGUCAGCAUCCGUGCCCGUGUUGCAGUUCGAAGUGGCUGACUGCCUGACCAGAGACUUCCCCGAUGCUUCCUUUGACUGCAUCUACACCCGCGACACCCUGCUGCACAUCCAGGACAAACCAUUCCUGUUCGCCCGUUUCCACCGCUGGCUGAAACCGGGCGGCAGAGUGUUGAUCACGGACUACUGUAGCGGAAAGGACAAGCCCGAGGAGUGGUCGGAGGAGUUCAGGUGUUACGUGGCGCAACGCGGUUACCACCUGGUCACCGUCAGGCGCUACAGUGAGAUGCUCCAGGCAGCUGGAUUCCACGUGCUCAAGGCCGAAGACCGAUCACAGCCGUUCCUUGGUAUCCUGGAGGAGGAGAAGGCUCGUCUGCUCUCAGACACCAGCAGCACACAGCCAUCAGCAUCGGAUGAGCAGCUGCUGGCGGGAUGGACGGCCAAGAUGAAGCGAGUGAGGAACGGGGACCAGGCUUGGGGGCUGUUUCUGGUGGAGAAGAGGGAGUGA